UUGGCUAACUCUCUCUCCUCCACAGACACAGACAGCACGGCAUUGGCUAACUCUCUCUCUCCCCCCACAGACACAGAAGCGAGUGUCUCACAACCAAAGUAAACAAAGCCUUAUUAACGUGACGAGUUUGAGACUCAGGGAGACCCGACUGACUGCCUACUCUCAGGGAAGAGGAGGAAGCUGGUCGACACUUGACUUACCAACACCCCAACCCAGAGAACCUGGAGGGAGGCAAUCCUUCCCUCUGCAUACGCUGAGGAAUACACCCUACACACAACAACAACUACAAGCCUGAGAAGAAGAGAGACCAGUGCCAAGGUCUCUCUCUCUCCUGCUGUGGAGCUCUGUACUUGUCUCUCCRGUCCCUCAAGGUGUUCUGCUGACCUGACUGCCUGAUCUGCUGUCAUCAUGUCAGAAGGAGAAGAAUGUCGCUCUCCCAUCGGUCUGGACUGCUGCUCCUGCUGCCUGGACCUGGCCAACUGUGAAGACCCAGCUGGAGGUGGGGGCGAGGGCAGAGGCCACAGCACCCCUCUGAUGGGCAGCCCCACGUCGCUCAGCCACUUCCGCCAGUUCCGGGAGCAGCUGACGUUCCAGAACCAGAACGUGAACACGGACAAGCUGAACAGCAUGAUGAGYCUGGACUCUCUGGAGUCGGUGGUCAGAGACCCKUGUUACCUGCUCAACGAGGGCAUCUGCAACAGCAACAUCGACCAGACCACGCUYUCCAUCCUGCUGUUCUUCCACAGUGCCUCGGGUGCUAGCGUUGUUGCCAUUGACAACAAGAUAGAACAGGCAAUGGAUCUGGUGAAGAACCACCUGAUGUACGCAGUCAGGGAGGAGGUUGAGAUCCUCAAGGAGCAGAUCAGAGAGCUGGCUGAGAAGAACAACCAGCUAGAACGUGAGAACAGCCUUCUGAAGAACCUGGCCAGUCCAGAACAGAUGGAGAGCUUCCGGGAACGGGUUCCGUCCGACUCAGACGCUCUGGUUCCCCUGCAGCUGGACAACCAGUACCAGCAACAGGCCCAAAUUGGACUCCAUAACCCUGACCAGUCCUGCCACAUCAGCGCUGGCUCUGCUGUAUAGGUGGUUCUGCUUUUGACCUCCAGUUGUAAACUGAUCGUCGCUGCCAACUUCAGUGAAGCUGUCUGUAACAGAUGAUGAAACACAAUUGAUGAACGGAGCACAUGAAAAAAAUGCUCUAACUAGCGGCUAUAGGCUGAAGCUAUAAGCUAAAAUGAGCCUUUCCGACGACAUCUAGACUCUUUCUCUUUAGACAAAAGCGCUAAACGAGAGRGCUCACAUGUAGCCAGCCGGAGAACGCUUGCAUUGGGACAGAGGGGAGGCUCCGGCCUUCUGGGGCCAGGAGGGCCAACCCUUCAGCCAUUCUCUACCACCCCUGCUACAGAGGGGGGAGAGGGCUAAGAGACAGGGCAUGGCCGUAGGGGACCUGAUACCUGGGGAUGCCUCUCCACGCCAGAGUGGCCCGUCCUCCAGCUUACCUCUCCAGGUUCAGCCACAGGAAAAAGCGAAUCUUCUCCAAGACAGACAGAGAGACGGCCCUCCAGUCUCUGCUAGACCCCCCCCCUCCCCCCCCCC